ACGUGCAUAAGAGUGUGAUGGAGGAGCUGAAGAGAAUAAUCGACGACAGUGAAAUCACGAAGGAAGAUGAUGCUCUGUGGCCUCCUCCUGACAGAGUUGGUCGACAGGAGCUCGAAAUAGUAAUCGGUGAUGAGCACAUCUCCUUUACCACAUCAAAAAUCGGUUCACUCAUUGAUGUAAAUCAAUCCAAGGAUCCAGAAGGCUUGAGAGUGUUCUACUACCUGGUCCAGGACCUUAAGUGUCUAGUCUUCAGUCUUAUUGGACUACACUUCAAGAUUAAGCCAAUUUAAAUCAAACAAACUGAAGUUUGUAAUGCAAUGUCUGUAUGGGGGGCGAGGGGAAUGCUGUUUCAAUUCCUCACUAUUUCUGGCCUGAAGCUUUUAUGUAUGUUAGAAUUUUUAUUAUUUUUUUUUUUUUUUACAAACUGUCAGUGACUGUCUUAAUAAAAUGGUGAGCUCUGUAUUUUUAAUUU